ACUGUGUCAUUAAUUUAUUCUAUGAAAGUCCAUCACAAUCAGUAUUGAGCAGAGAUUUUGUAGUUUUUUAUGAAAGAAGUAUUUACAUUAAUGUUCAAAAUAUCCCAAUUUAUUUCUUUGAUUUUUUUCAAUACUUGCCCAAUUGUGUUAGUGUACUAGGACUCAUUAAGUUAGAUUUUUUUGGAAAUUACUUGACAAGUAAGGAAACAGAUUAUGAGAAUGUGGAAGAUCUUCAAAUUAGUUCACUUAACACUUACAUUCCUGAAAAGGCUGCCUCCUUAUUCUUCAACUGGAACCAGAGUCUCAGAUCUUUAGAAAUUACACUGCAAGAUUUCAACAAGUUAAAGAAAUGUGAUAUUAAAUACCUGGGCAAAACAUGUUGCUCAGCUGAAAGCCUCAAGCUGUGCAUCAGCGAUAGUGCUGGUAUCACAGAAACACUGAAUGAAGCCCUUGAAACCUGUAAAAACUUGCAAGAACUUACUGUGGAGUCCACACCUCUUACUGUGGAAGAUGAGCAACAGUUCACAAGAAUGACAAAGCUGAAAACCUUACAUAUAAGAGUUCUGCAAAGUGAAAAUCUAGAAGGUGGACUUACUGAUGGAAUAAAGAAACUUGUGAAUGCUGAAGGGCUUGUACUUGGCAACAUAAGUAUGGAUGAAGGUGAUGCAAAAAAAUCAGCUGAAGGUAUCAGAAAUCUGAGAAAGCUACGCUCACUAUACAUGAAUCAUUUGACAGCUAUCGGGGAUGGCAUGACCUCCGUUGUAAGAUCAGUCUCUGACGACCUAAGUGAACUUAAAGAAAUCCAACUAGUCAACUGCUCUACCUCCAGUGAUGCUGUGGAAAUUCUAGCUCAGAAUCUUUGUAAUUUGCCAAAACUGAAUGUACUUGAUUUGUCGGAUAAUUACUUAGAAAAGAAAGGAAAAUAUGCUAUCCACCGACUUGUGAAUGGAAAGUUUUUAGAAGUGAGAAAUAUUUCCCCGAUCUCUCUCAAGAAGCUGGUAACUGUAGAUUUCAGCAGCAAACAAGACUGGGUGCCUGCAUCACUGUUAGUCUGCAGAUUAAGUCAGGUACUAACCACACCGAAUUCUUCAAAAGCGAUUAAAGUGAUGGAUGGAAGUUUGAUUGCCAUGACCUUGGAUUUCUUAAUGGUGCAAAG